UUUUGGUCACACUCGUUGUGAGUAAUAAUUUUUCGGAAAUAUAAUAUUUAUUUCAGCUGUUUUCCAAAUGUCUCACCAAACGGGUAUUCGAGCCAACGAACAGUUAGCCAAGGUGUUCGGCAAAGCGAAAAGUGGUAAAUUUCGUGUGAUAAAAGUUUCGAUCGAGAAUGAGCAGCUCAGUUGCAGUGCCACGGCGGAAACGAAAAAGGACUGGGAACGUGACUACGACAAGUUGAUAGGACCUCUGCUGGAAAAGGAUGUUCCCUGCUAUAUUCUCUACCGCUUGGACGCUAAGAUUCCUUUGGGCUACAGUUGGUUACUGAUCAGCUGGACACCGGAUACGGCGAGCAUUCGGCAAAAGAUGGUAUAUGCCUCCACAAAGGCCACGUUAAAAACGGAGUUUGGUUCGGCCUACAUCACCGAGGAGCUGCAUGCCACCACAUUAGAUGAGUCCACUCUGGAAGGAUAUCGCCGUCACAAGCAGGAAUUUGCCGCUCCCGCUCCUUUAACCACCAGAGAGGAAGAGCUAAAGGAACUUCGGAAAACUGAGGUUCACACCGAGAUCAACACAAAUACCAGGCACCAAACUCUGGGCGGGAUUAACUGCCCCCUGAGCGAGCCGACUGUGGCUGCCAUUCAGGAUCUCGUGCGUGGCAAAUACGAUUACCUGCAGUUCCGAAUCGAUCUGGAAGAGGAGAAAAUCCAUGUAUCGCAUGCAGCCAGAGUGGAACUCGCUGAUCUGCCGAAGCAAGUGCCCGAGGAUCAUGCCCGCUACCACCUCUUUAUGUUCCGGCACACGCACGAGGGUGACUACUUCGAAUCGUACGUGUUCGUUUACUCUAUGCCGGGAUAUUCUUGCUCUGUUCGCGAGCGCAUGAUGUACUCCAGCUGCAAGGCUCCCUUCCUCGAAGAGCUAGCAGCUCUUGGCGUGGAGGUCGUGAAGAAGCUGGAAAUCGACAGCGGCAGCGAGUUGACCGAAGCCUAUCUACAGGAUGAGCUGCAUCCGAAGAAGAUCCUGCACCGACCGGCUUUCGCAAAGCCCAAGGGGCCACCAAACCGAGGCGCCAAGCGCCUUACGCGUCCCACCGAGGACUAAGUCUGAAAACCGAUCCCAUCGAGUCAAUUCUAUUUAUCCACCUUUAACCUACUGUUUCCUGGCAGAGCAUUUAAUUUAUUGUAUCCAAACGAGUUCCGUGUUCAUUUCCUUCUUGUUGUGUCUUUCUGUCGUCUGUAUCAUAUGUGUGUCCGUACGCCAAACGAUAUCUUUAGAGGCACUAGGCAUCAACUGAAACAUCGCAUAGCAGCCGCCAAUGUGGGCUUCCUUAAAUGUGUACUUGUCUAUGUUACUUUAGAUGGACAUAUUUGCAAUUUAUUUAAAUUAAAAAAAACUCAACUAAGUCUA